GAGAAAGCCGAGUGCAAGCGUGAAUUCAUGGGCGCUGCGGAAUGCUGCCUCGACCCCGGCUUGGGCAGGAGGCUCCGGCAACGGAUAGAGGCGUCAGAGGGCCGCGAGGAGAUCGACAGCCCUGGGGUCGUUGCCUUCUUGCAGGCCAUGUGGGCGCGCGUGGUCCUGCCCACCGCUUUCGUGGAGUGCUUGUUCGCGUCGCAUCGGCAGUGGCUUCUUCGGAGCUCGAGGCCGAUGGGCAUCUGGAACAUUGGCAGGCGGCACACCCUGAACCAGCAUAUGCGGGCGUGCCAGAAGCGGGUAGUCCAAGGCAUGGCAAGGGGGCGCCAGGCAGCCCCGGCAGCGCUCGGGCGGGCCAUGCGCAGAUGCAGGCCGCAGUGGGCCCACUCGAAGAGGAAGCGGGCGGCGGCGUCAUGCGGGGCCCGGGGCACGACAGGUCUGAGCUGCUUCUUGGGGGAGGUGAUCGCUGAGGCCAAGACUGCGGCAGUGGAGGACGGCGCGAUGGUGGACAUUCCCUCGGCGAUGGCUGACGGGCACAAGCGCUGGGGGGGCAUGAGCACGGAGGCCAAGAAGAAGUACGUGGCCCGGGCGAGAAACAAGCGGGCCUGUUACAGAGAGUUCGGCGAUGACUUGAAACGUUUCUUGGAGGACCGCAAGAAAGUUGAUGCCGAUUCCCCCCUUACUCUGGAGGAGUUCGCCGAAGUAAGCAGUGGCUCGUUGAUACAGGAUGGCGCCCGCGCUUGGGGCGAGCUGACGGGCCGCCCAGCGAUGCCCGACGCCAACUUCCCCAAGAAGGUUCAAGCGGUGAAGUCCUGUUGCGACGACCUGCCCGAGUGCGUGACUGGGGUCGAGUUGCCCCACUACAACAGGAUGAAGCAAAUCGAAGGGAGCAUCAGGGAGCUCGUCGCGGAGCAGGGCAAGGACCACGGGCCCAUGGUCAUCAUGCUCUCCGCGGGCGCCUCCAAGAACGUGCACGCCCAAAUCAUGAGCUACAGGGUGCAGCCGUUCGAGGCGGAGAUCUGGGAGGGGAGCGGGCCCAAGUGGAUGCGAACCCCCACGCUGAUGGACCAGUGGGACAUCCAGUGCCACGGGUGCGGCCCCGACGAGCUCCCCCGCAUUGAGACGGAGCGUGAAUUUGCCUUGCGUUUGGCUCGGGAAUGCCUCAGCGAGUGGACAGUGUAUCGCGUGGAAGCGACAGAGGUGGCAAUGAACAAGGUGCGGGCGACCAAGCUCGCCCAGUUCGACCGCGAGGCGGCCGCGGUCAAGCAGCAGCAGGAGAGACUGAUGGCGAACGCGAAGAAGGCCCUGGACAUGUGCCUUGGCAGGGCUGCGAAGAAGGGAAAGUGGCACGAUGCGGCCGAAGCGGAGGGCCUGGUGGGGCCGCCCGCGGCGCCGGUUGCGCCGCCUGGCGCCGGCGGCAUGGCGGCCGCGGCGGCCCUUGGUGGGGGCGCCGCAGCCUCGGCAGGAGGGGGCGGAGCUGCGGCCGCGGAUCCUGAUCCUGCAGGGGUCGACGUGCUGACGGACGAUGGCGAGAACAGCGACCGUGGCGGCGUGGACGACGACUUGAUGCUGGAGUGGCAGGCCGCCAAGAAGGCCGACGACGCGCAGAAGAAGAAGGAGAUUGCGUCCAUCGCGCAGGUGACCAUGGACGCCGUCCACAUCGAGGAAGGCGGCGAGGUGUUCAAGCCUGACCAGACCAAGCCCAUCGGGAAGGUGUAUGGCCAGAGGCUCGACACGGUGCAAGCGUCCUGCUAUGUGCGGUGCCUGGCCAAGGGGCAUAAGCAGUGCAAGAAGUGGGUCAUGCUGCAUAAGAUUCGCGGCGGGACCAUGGACCCCGUGAAGUUGUGGCUCAACGACGCCGAGAAGUUCCGCUGCCACGACUCCCACAUGGAUGCGUUCAACAGCUAUGUCAUGUAA